CCCUCAGGGCUGUCCAGGAAGCCCUCCCUCCAGCAGGGCCCUAUCCUGGCUACUGGACAAAACCUCACUCUGCACUGUCGCUCUGACCUCAGUUAUGACAGAUUCACUCUGUCCAAAGAGGGGGUUGGUGACCUCUCUCAGCGUCUGGGCUGGCAGCCACAACCUGGACUCUCUCAGGCCGACUUCUUCCUGGGCCCUGUGGGCCGCUCCCACGGGGGCCGCUACAGAUGCUACGGUGGACGCAGCCUCUCCUCUGAGUGGUCAGCCCCCAGUGACCCCCUGGACAUUCUGAUACCAGGACAGCUCCCUGCCACACCCUCCCUCUCAGUGCAUCCAGGACCUACAGUGUCCUCAGGAGAGAAUGUGACCCUGCUGUGUCAGUCACGGAACCCAAUGGACACUUUCCUUCUGUCCAAGGAGGGCGCAGCCGAUGCCCCCCUGAGUCUGAGAUCAGUAUCCCAAGCUCAGCAGUUCCGGGCAGAAUUCUCCUUUGGAGCUGCGAGCUCAGCCCUUGGCGGUACCUACAGGUGCUAUGGUUCUUGGGACUCCUCUCCACACCUGCUGUCACAGCCCAGCGAGCCUCUGGAGCUCACCGUGUCAGGUGCGCAUGGCUGAGCUUAGUGUCUCUCUGACCAUGUCCCUGGGCAGCCGUGUGCUACAUGGCUGUGCAGGUCUCUGGGAGAAUCAGCUAGAAGUGGACUCU